UUGGGUUUUUAAUAACCAAGUCCAAAUCAAUGGUUCAGGGGUUCUGAUUCCAGAAAGUGAAUUGACCUAUGUGAUCAUUGAGGAUGAUGAAAAACUACCGGUGAUUAAUUGCAUCACUGGAGGUAAUUGAUAAUGAAGGAAAAAUUUUAUUACCAAUCUUAUCUUAUCUUUAUUAUUGUUUGUUUCAUACAAGCGAAUUCCUAAGAUUGGCCCAAGGCAGAGGCUUAAAUGGCUUGUAAGAGACAGAUACUAUUUUUCAAUAGUAUCUUAGAUAAACAGUAGGUUUAUCUAAGGUAUUCUAAUCUAAUCUAAUCUAGAUAAUAAGCAAUAAUCGGGGUAUAUUAGAAGUUCAUAUAAUUUUCACUAAUUUACAAAGAGCAGUAAAUUAAUGGAUUAAGAUAAGCCUUUUGAAUGUUACGAGGCAAGAAUAUUUUAUUUCUAUCUUUGAUAAUUUUUUUCAGACUUUGAUGAAGGAGAAUCUUUAAAGAAUCUCUUUAUGGCAGAAGCAAAAAUUUUUAAGAACAACUUCCCCCAGGUUCUCAUGGUGCAUGCUGCAUCUGCAAUUGCAUCAAACUAUGAGCUGGUUGUUCAAGAGUUUGAUGGUUGCUCUAUACCUGUACUCAAGGGUUGCCCUGUAUCAGGAAAAACCACAGCCAUGAAAGCUGCCCUGAGUGUUUUGGGGAAAAAAAAUGACUGCAUCAGUGAGGCUACAUCGAAAUUCAUUGAGACCAAGCAAGGAAUCUCUACCAUCCCUUUUGGAUGGGAUGAUUGCUCUUGUGUUAAGACACUAAAAAACAUGGCGGUGAAUUCAUACAAUGCGUGUGGGAGUGCAAAUGUAAGGAAAACCUACAUUCCACGUACAGUUCCACUGGUCACCACCAAUCUUGAUUUAGGAGAUUUGAAAUAUAAAAGCAGAUGGCUUAGGAUUAUCUUCGAAGACCCUAACCCUAAGCUAGCUGGCAUGGAUCGCCAUUCUGCAGAGAGAGGACUGAGGGAAGCCAUGAAGACAGCACAUAAAAGUGUGCGCGUCGUAACCAUUAACACUUCAAACUACAUUUACAAUCGCAUGCAAGAUGAAGAUUUUGCAUCCAUAGUUGCAAAGCUGGAAGAUGACUUUCCAGAUUUGGAUCAGAGGGCAAGUGCUUCCUAUUCCCUCUUGUUGUAUGUCACUAAAAAGAUGCUUCAGGAUGUUGGUUUGAAUAAUUUCUUUGAGCUAGUAGAGAGGAAAAUGUUUGAAGUUAUCAUACCAAGUUAUAUACAACUCCAGACGAUGAAGCCAUGUAAAGAAACAAGCAUUAACCAUACAAAUGAUGAUGUCAGAGAAUUCCUAGAUUCAUUCAUGAUAAAAAAAUUGCUUCAGGGUGAUCCAGAGGUGGUCUUAAGGUUUUUUGAUCAAGACUUCUCACCAACAAGUUGUGGUUGCAGAGAAACAAUGGCAUUCAAUGUAAAUGAAUUGAUCAAGUUUUGCUAUGAAGGCCAAACCAGUCCACCGCCAAAAAUAACUGGAAUUUCGCUACGAAAUUUCAUUAAGACUCAGAAAAUAGGCCAUGCUUGCAAGGUCUAUUUCAGGAAGAACUCUAGUCAAAUGAAUGCAUUCCACAUACAACAAUCAUGGUUCUCAGAAGAAACCUUAAAAGAACUACAUAAAAAAUUUGGUAGAAGAAAAACAAAGAUAAAUCAGGGAAAGAAUGGUUAGUAAAAAAGUGAUUUGUUAUAUUAUAAAAGCCUCUCUCUCUUUGGAGAUGAUAUGAUUUCAGUGAAUCCGUUUCUGAUUUAGGAAAUUAUUGACAACAUGGAUCCCACUAAAACUGGCUCACCUACAUUUUAACCUGGCUGUUUGAACAAAAAAAUUUUGAUCAUGUGAUCAAAUAUUUACGUACCAAUGGAAUAUUUUUGUGACCCGGGAACAUUCCUUGGACAUGCUUUCAAGGUGUUCUAUUUAGCAACUCAAAUAGUGGCAAACCCAAAUUUUUGUCGUACUAAAUGAAAUUCUCAAUGAAAUUUAACAUGAAGUUUAUGAAUA